AGUCCCGGCUACGAUCCGUCCUCGGGGAUCUCCGGCUCUUUGGACUACCACCCUUUCGGGGCCCUGGGGCCCUACCCGUACGGAGACCCCACCUACAGGAAGAAUGCCACGCGGGACGCCACAGCCACGCUGAAGGCCUGGCUCAACGAGCACAGGAAGAACCCCUACCCCACCAAGGGGGAGAAGAUCAUGCUCGCCAUCAUCACCAAGAUGACGCUGACGCAGGUGUCCACCUGGUUCGCAAACGCACGCCGGAGGCUGAAGAAGGAGAACAAGAUGACCUGGACCCCGAGGAACCGCAGCGAGGACGAGGAGGACGAGGACAACAUCGACCUGGAGAGGAACGACGACGACGACGAGCCGAUAAAGGCCAACAGCGAGGAGUCGGAGACGAAGAGCGACGCUGCUCCUCGUCUCCCUGCCUCUGUGGGGC